UGCGAAAUGGCUCCAAUCGACGAACUUUGAAAUCACAUCUUCUCCCCAGUUUUCUCAGUGUCUGUGUGUGUGUUGUCCCCCCUCUUUCCCACGGUAUCGCAUCCACAUUUUCCCGAUCAAGCGCGACGGUAAAUCGCCAAAAUCCUUUCUCUCUUUUCCUUUCUACAUUUAGCUUGCUUUCUCCAGAUAGGAUUCUUCCUAUGUCCGUCGGAGUUUGAUCCCGAAUCGCGAUUCAUCCUUGAAAAGAAGAAUUUCCAUCCAUAGCCAGGUAAAGAGCUUCGUCUGAAUCUGAUCUAUCAGGCUGGUUCAUCGAGAAGCAAUGAUUUUGGCAAUUAGGGAAUUAGGGUUUCCAAACGAUUGAUUGUUUGGAACCAAAAGUCCGGGAUAUUGUAAGUGUCUUCACGUGCGCACGCAAUCUCUGCAAGAUUCUUCGUCUUCUCCAUCUUUUCGCCAGAUCGUUGUCAUCGUGAAUGGGAUCAACGGCCAUAAAAUUUCCCGGUAAAUUUGAUUUGGAUGCUGGUAUAUUUCCGAGGAGAGAGCUAGUCAGGACCUGAUAUAAGGUCAGGGGUCUUUGGUUUUCUUGAUGGGGAACACAUGCGCAGGACCAAAUAUCAGCUCUAAUGGAUUCAUACAGUCUGUUACUGCUGCUGUGUGGCGUCCCCGGCGACCAGACGACCGUCUUCCUGCUCCUAACAAGGACGAAGGCAGUAGCAAAAAAGAAGGCUCCAGCAAGAAAGACGUUUCCAAAGGUGAAGAUUCUGAAGGAUCCAAGAAUUCCGAUGGUCCAACCCCAAACACCCCACCUGCUACAGUCAAGAUGGGGAACGAUGGCCAAGGGAAACCAAUGGUGCAUGAGAAAUCGAUCAAACCUGAAAUGCGAGAUGUUCCCAUUACUAACAAGCCAGGGGAGGAAGCCAAGCCGAAGAAACCCGCACAUGUGAAGAGGUGUUCUAGUGCAGGGCUCCAAGUAGGAUCAGUGUUAGGGAGGAAAACAGGAAACUUGAAGGAGAUUUAUAGUCUGGGGAAAAAGCUAGGGCAAGGCCAGUUUGGCACCACUUUCCUUUGCAUUGAGAAAGCAACCGGGAAGGAGUUUGCUUGUAAAUCGAUUGCGAAGAGGAAGUUGACCACCCAGGAAGAUGUGGAGGAUGUUAGGAGGGAGAUUCAGAUUAUGCACCACUUGGAAGGGCAUCCUAAUGUGAUCAAGAUCAUAGAGGCUUACGAGGAUGCAGUUGCAGUUCAUGUCGUGAUGGAGCUUUGUGGAGGUGGGGAGCUCUUUGAUAGAAUCAUUCAGAGAGGGCACUACACGGAGAGAAAGGCAGCGGAGCUUGCUAGGCUGAUAGUUGGUGUUGUGGAAGCUUGCCAUUCUUUGGGUGUUAUGCACAGGGACCUGAAGCCUGAGAACUUUCUGUUUGUUAAUCAGAGAGAGGAUGCAACGCUUAAGACAAUCGACUUUGGGCUCUCCAUGUUCUUUCGGCCUGGUGAAAUGUUCACUGAUGUUGUUGGGAGCCCCUACUACGUAGCACCUGAGGUGCUGCGUAAGCAUUAUAGCGCCGAAUGUGAUGUUUGGAGUGCUGGUGUUAUCAUAUAUAUCUUGUUGAGUGGAGUCCCACCAUUUUGGGAUGAAACGGAGCAAGGAAUAUUUGAACAGGUUUUGAAAGGCGACCUAGAUUUUGUUUCCGAACCAUGGCCAAACAUAUCAGAGGGUGCUAAAGACCUAGUUCGAAGGAUGCUUGUUAGAGAUCCUAAAAAGCGCCUAACAGCCCAUGAAGUUCUCUGCCACCCUUGGGUACAAGUGGAUGGGCUUGCUCCAGAUAAGCCUCUUGAUUCUGCUGUUAUAAGUCGCUUGAAACAGUUCUCAGCCAUGAACAAGCUGAAGAAAAUUGCUAUACGGGUUAUUGCUGAAAGCAUGUCUGAAGAGGAAAUUGCAGGCUUGAGACAAAUGUUCAAAAUGAUAGAUGCGGAUAAUAGUGGAAAUAUCACUCUCGAGGAACUAAAGAACGGGUUGGAAAAAGUGGGUGCUAAUCUCAAGGAGAGUGAAAUUGUCGGGUUGAUGCAAGCAGCUGAUAUUGAUAACAGUGGCACGAUUGACUAUGGAGAGUUCAUAGCUGCAAUGAUCCACUUGAACAAAAUACAGAAGGAAGAUCAUCUGUUUACAGCAUUCUCAUACUUUGACAAAGACGGGAGCGGCUACAUUACUGCUGACGAGCUCCAACAGGCCUGUGAGCAGUUUGGUUUGGGGGAUCUUCAUAUUAUGGACAUAAUCAAUGAAGUUGACCAAGACAAUGAUGGGCGCAUUGACUACAGCGAAUUCGUGGCUAUGAUGCAAGACUCAACAUUCAGACCAGCAGGAAAAUAAUCCAGGCAGACCACCUGUUCCUUUGGCCCGGGUAUGGUAAAUCACAAACUUAGUCAGUAGCUAAUUAUGUCUAGUUGAGAUUUACUUGUCGUUAGUUUCUAGAUUCUGGAUUACAGCCACAAUUGUAUGUAAAGAUCAGGCAGGUUUCAGUGAGAGGGAAAGAUUGGGAGUUCAAUUUAGCUUUCCUUUUUUUUUUUUUUGUAUCUAUUACAUCGAGUUUAAUUAUUUAUUUAUCAAUAUUUUCCCUUCUUUUGG